UCUCGCGGUAGUAGAACUGUUGAUGAUGGAAGAAUUCUGACACCAACUACCAGUUUGAGAGCACUUUGUCGUGAGAGGCAGAGACUGAGUCAGCAAUUAAAGAAGCGGCUUUCUACAGAAGAGAGAGAGAAUCUAUUUCUAAAAUGGGGUAUUGGAUUGAAUACAAAACACAGGCGGUUGCAGUUGGUGGAAAAGUUAUGGUCUGACACAAAAGACAUGGAAAACGUUAGAGAGAGUGCUGCUGUUGUUGCAAAGCUGCUUGGUUAUACAGAUUCUGGACAGGGUUCCAAGGAGAUGUUUGGUCUCAACUUUGCACUCCGACCCCGAACCAAGAAAUCUAGUGGCUGGAAACGAAGUGUGCUGUCUAUCUUGUGAGCUGGUUUUACUCUCAGAGAAAGCUAUGUAGAAUACAUUCCAGUUAGUUGAUCAUUACAGUCCAUUCAUUACACGAUUACACUUCUUCUAGUCUUUAGUUGCUUUAGUUUUUUGUUUUCUUCAAUGCUAAGCAACUUUUUGUGAGCAA